CAGCUUAGAUAGACAGGAAGGAGCUGCAGCAUGAAAAAGUAUCUACCAGCAACAGUUCUGAGUUAUGAUGACUUCAGCUUAUGUGUAUUCGUGACUCGUUUAAUUUGCUCACCAGUCCUCAACUAGAUUUCACUCCACAGUGGUUCCUCGGAUUUGCACUUGAAAUUGUCCUGCGUCUGCUUCCCUGAGAAUGAUGCUGUUACCAUAUAAAACAUCUGUGUGGGCCGCAUUUUCCAUACUUUGACACCUACAGACAACUUCAGCAAACCCAUGACACAAACAGGAACAUCUGGGGGCGGAAAAUAUCAAACUUCCUCAUGGAGAUGAAGGCACAUUACGAUUCUAUCCUGGACCGAAGCAAACGCAUUACGUGGCAGGACGACUGCUACGUGGAUCUCCAGUCUACGUCCUGCUCUCUCUCUGCACGAGCAGAAACGGAGGAUCUUGGCUGGAUCCAAAAGCAUCAAGACCAGUUGCAACGCUUCACGACAACAUCCUUCCUGGAGGGGAUGCUCACCCACCUGAGAAAGAUGAAUAUGCUGAGUUCAGCUGAGGGGACCAAGAUCAAGGAAGCGGGCCGGCUGCCAGACCAGGUUAACAUGCUCACAACUAUUGUCACUGGCAAGGACACUCAAGGCUCUGUUGCUCUCCAGGGUUACAUAGAGAGCUCAAAUUGUCAGGAGGCCCAGCUCAUCAUAAACCACGAUUACAUGGUGAAGGAGCACAAAGAGGUGCUUUUACGGCAAUAUGAGCAGAACAGAGACAGAGAUUCAGUCAGCUGCCCCAAACUUAACAUCUCCUCAAGAACCUUACUUCUGGUCGAUGGACUUUCUGACCUGCAGCAAAAGGAACAUGACCUGAUGCAGGUGGGGGCAACUCGCGGAGGGAAAAGAAAUCAUCUCAGACAGCUGCCGCUGGCCAAGCUUCUGGAACCCAUGACCCGGGUCAGUUUGCCUCCCAGGGUCUCCGUCACAGUCGGUGUUGCCGGUAUCGGCAAAACCACCUGGGUCCGACACUUCAUCAGACAAUGGAGCCAAGGGGCCAUCUGUACAGAUGUGAGCUUCAUAUUACCUUUCACCUUUUGUGAGCUGAACUCACUGGAGAAGCUUUCAGCUGAGAGACUGGUGAAAAUGACUUUUCCUCACUUAACAGACCCCAGUCUGAUCCUGAGCAGCUCCUGCCAGACACUGCUCAUAUUUGAUGGUUUGGAUGAAUUCCGCUUUACUUUAAAUUUCUCUGAUGCAGCACCCUGCAAUGACCCAAAAAAAGAAGUUUCCAUUGACGACUUGGUUACUAACAUCAUCCGCGGUAAUCUUCUCCCUGAUGUAGCAGUGUGGGUGACUUCCAGGCCAGGUGUGGCCUCGCUCAUUCCUGGAGGACUGGUAGACAGGGUGACUGAGGUCCCAGGAUUCAGCCCGAAGGACAUCCAGAUCUUCCUAAACCAUCACUUCUCAGAGAGAGAAUUUGCCAGCAAAAUAUGGGCACACUUAGAGUCGCAUAAGAUCUUAAUGGUGAUGUGCUACAUACCAUGCAUUUGCUGGAUAGUAGCUGAUACUCUGAUGUACAUAAUACAGAGUGGAACACAGGAAAGCCUUCCAAGGACUUGCACUGAGCUCUACGCCCACUUCUGUUCCAUGAAGGCAGAAGUAGGUGAACCGAGAGGCAGGGAGCCUGUAAAAAUGGAGCAGCUUCAUGGGGGCAAUCGUAAACUGCUAGGGAAUCUUGGACGACUUGCAUUUUAUGGGCUCCUCAAACACAAGUACACCUUCAGUGAGCAGGACUUCAGGGCGUAUGGGAUAGAUCUACUGUUAACUCAAAGCAGUCUUGGUGCAGGAGUUCUUGUUCGGGAGGAGUCAGCCAUACACACAACAUACCGAUUCACUCAUCUGACUCUGCAGGAGUUUCUUGCAGCUACUUUCUACCAUGUCUCCUCCAAGCGGGCCAUCUUUGACUUGUUCUCAGAAAGCACCAUGUCCUGGCCCAAGAUCGGUUUCCAGAAUCACUUCAGAAGUGCCUUUCAGCGCGCACAACAAACUGAAGAUGGUCAUUUGGAUGUGUUUGUGCGCUUCCUGACAGGCCUGCUGUGUCCAGUGGCACUUAAACCUCUCGCUGGGCUGUUGGCCCUUGGGAAAGAGGAUGGUAAUCAGAAGGCCUGGGCAGCAGGGUUUUUACAAGGCCUCUUGGUCAGCGGGGGUGUUGUGGUGUCCCUGCGUGCAGUGAACCUGGCUUAUUGUUUGCAGGAGCUGCAACAAACAGAGAUGUUGCGGAGUGUAGAGGAAGAUUUGCGGCUCGGCAGCCUAGCGGGGAAGUUAACCCGGGCUCACUGUGUUGUGCUGGGCUACCUGCUGCAUGUGUCUCCACAGUGCAGUGAACAGACAAACCUAACAGGCUCUUUGAACUACACCACAGUGAAAUGUUUGCUUCCACAGUUGCUGUACUGCAGCCAUCUCAGGUUAGAGAAUAAUCACUUCAAAGAUGAUGUCAUGGAAUUGCUGGGAAGCCUCCUGAGCGCCAAAGACUGCCAUAUUCAGAAAAUAAGUUUGGCAGAGAACGCCAUCAGCAACAAAGGUGCAAAAGCACUGAGUCGAGCCCUGUUGGUGAACCGGACACUAACUGCUCUCAAUCUCCGGAACAACAACAUUGGCUCUAAAGGGGCAAAGUUCCUGGCAGAAGCUCUGAAAAUGAACCAAGUCCUGGUAUCAAUCAACUUCCAGAACAAUGCCAUUGAGGAGGAAGGUGCCCAGGCACUUGCAGAAGUACUGCAGUGCAACCGCAGAUUAGUGUCACUGAAUAUACGGAAGAAUACAAUCGGAGCAGGAGGAGCCAAAAGGAUUGCAAAUGCACUGAAGACAAACCAGACUCUCACAAAGUUGAUUCUUUGUAGCAACCAGCUUGGGGACAAAGGAACAAUCGCUCUUGCAGAGGCUUUGACACUCAACCACACUCUGCUCUCGCUUCAACUUCAGAGUAACUCAAUCAGCAACAGGGGGAUGACUGCCUUAACCAAAGCACUUAGGCUAAACCGUGGCCUUGUUUCCUUGAAUUUAAGGGAGAACUCAAUCGGGGUGGAGGGAGCAAAGAACAUGGCCCAGGCCCUCCAUGAGAACAACUCUCUACAGAACCUUGAUCUCACAGCCAAUCUAUUGCAUGAUGAAGGGGUUCAAGCUAUAGCUGGCGCAAUCAAGUUUAAUCAAGGCCUCACCUCUUUGCAUCUCCAGUGGAAUUUCAUCAAGUCCUCUGCCACUAAAGCUCUGGCCCAUGCUCUGCUCUCCAAUGGCACAAUGCAGCUCUUGGAUCUACAGGAGAAUGCUAUUGGGAAUGAAGGCGUCACUUUUCUUGCGGAAGCCCUGAAAACCAAUGCUUCUCUUCGUACAUUAUGUCUCCAGGGGGUCACAGCGGGCACAAAUGGCGCCAUUGCCAUGGCAGCGGCUCUAAUGACCAACCAAACCCUGCAAACAUUAGAUCUACGUGGGAACACUGUAGGGAUGGAGGGAGCGAAGGCUCUGGCUAAUGCACUGAAGAGCAACAGAAGCCUCAAGUCCUUGAAUUUGCAGGAGAACAAUCUUGGGAUGGAUGGAGCCAUAUUCAUUGCAAUGGCCUUGAAGGGAAACCACCAACUGACAUACAUCAAUUUGCAGGGAAAUGGCAUUGGCGAAUCUGGAGCCAAGGUCAUAUCUGAUGCCAUAAGAGCCAAUGCUCCUGGCUGUGUGGUGGACAUCUGACCGAAGAAAGAGCAAUUUUACUGAAGAGGGUCAUAUUGUACAUGUAGCUAAUAGAUAAUAUUAUCAGAAGGAGAUGUAAACUAUGUAAUUUUGUUAAACUCUUGCCACAUAAUGGUAUUGAAUAUCGGUCUUAAACAGUUUUUUUAUUAGUUUCACUGUAAUUUUAUAUAUGUAUAUUUAUAUUUGU